AGACUCAAUCUUCGACCGUAUACGCACGCUACCAGUCCCAUUAGACGAUAUUUUGAUAUUGUCCUUCACAGAAUGUUGUCAGCAUGUAUCAGUAAUACAGAACCUCCGUAUUCUGAAUCUGAUUUGGUUGAUAUAGCAUAUAGAUCUAAUAUUGCCUCAUUGAACAAAAACUAUACAGACGUCAAUGAUCUGUUGGGUAGUUUGAUACCUGGUAAAACCCUGACACCAUUAAACGAUGUACAGACGGAAGCUACACGGGCUGCCUUGAGUGAACCGUUUACUUUAAUUCAAGGUCCACCUGGUACCGGUAAAACUAUUACGGGGGUUUAUUUGGCCUACUAUUUUUGUAAGCGAAAUAGUUCGAGACGAGGUGUCAGAAAUCGGGUGCUGUAUUGUGGACCAUCUAAUAAAUCAGUGGAUGUGGUUGCUGAGAAGCUGCUCAACCUAAAAGAAAGUUGUCCGAAUAUCAUUCGAGUAUACAGUGAAAGGAUCGAACAGAUGGAAUUCCCCCUGCCUCGAAAUUCAAUUCUAACAACAAAACGCUCCUCGACAGAAGUUUCCAAGAACCCGGCUGUAAAGGACAGAUCACUACAUCAUCUUAUAAGAGCUCCCGAUAAUACAUAUAGUAAACAAAUCAAAGAAUUUGAUCGUGUGUUUCAACCAUCAAUUCCAGAUGACAUUAUUAUAGAUGAAUCAGGUAUGUGUACAGAACCAGAGACAAUCAUUCCACUAACCUCAUUUGAUGCUAGUAAUAUAGUAUUGAUAGGUGACCAUAAACAACUACAACCUAUAUUAACUGAACAGAAAGCUAAACAGUUAGGUCUACAGACCUCAUUAUUUGAGAGAUAUGCCAAACAAGCACUCAUGUUGGAAAAACAAUAUCGUAUGCAUGAAGGUAUAAUGGAGUUCCCUUCAACCAAGUUUUAUGGUGGUAGGUUAAGAUGUGCAACAGACAGGCAAAGUCAACCUGUUGAAUUAGAUGUUUGGCCGCAGGGAAGACUUUUACCAACUGCUUUAUGUCAUACAGAGGGAGACGAAAAAACGUUAACUGUCGCCACAGAAGACGGAUCUGCAAUGUCAAAAAGCAACCCGAAAGAAGUCGAUUUUGCAGACUGUGAGUUACCAGAAAUACAAGUAUCAACAGUGGUAGCCAGUCAAGGUAGUGAAUGGGAAUAUGUUAUUUUGUCUACUGUAAGAAGUUUAGCAAAAGAUAUGUUAGAGCAUGAUCCGUCCCGGUCGUGGAUCGGAGAGAAUCUGGGGUUUAUAGCCGAUGAUCACCAACUAAAUGUAGCCAUUACCCGUGCUAAACAAGGUUUUAUUAUUAUUGGUAACACACAUCUAUUGAAAUGUCAUCGAACAUGGAAGGAAUUAACAGAACAUUAUGAAGAGAGAGGACUAUUAGUUGAUGCUGAAGAUUAUCCUCUGUGUAGAAGAUAAGGGAUUUACACAUUUAUAUGCAAC